CUCGGAUUUAUUCCAGUAACUUUCUUAGCAAGAGUUUGCGAGCGGUCCUCUCAUCAUGCGUCUUCUGCGGCUCGAAGAGGACGGUGAGUUCAGCCUGAUUGAACAUGUUGGCAAGAAUAUUCCGCCAUAUGCAAUUCUUUCGCAUACUUGGGGAGAGGAUCACGAGGAGGUUACUUUCAAAGACUUGAAGAAAGGUAUAGGCAAGAGUAAGCCUGGAUAUUGCAAGCUUGCCUUUUGCAGAAAACAAGCGGCAAAAGACAACCUCCAGUAUUUCUGGGUGGACACCUGCUCUAUUGACAAGUCAAGUAGCGCGGAGCUUUCAGAAGCCAUCAACUCCAUGUUUCGCUGGUACUAUGAAUCAGCCAAAUGUUACGUAUAUCUCUCCGAUGUCUCAACCAGUGGGUUCGCCAACAACGACCAAUCUUUCCAGAAGAGCAGAUGGUUUACCCGAGGGUGGACACUGCAAGAGCUCCUUGCUCCCACAGCUGUUGAGUUCUUCUCUAUGGAAGGCGAUCUACUUGGUGACAAAGGUUCACUUGUGCAAGAAAUUUCCAACACUACAGGCAUAUCGGUUAAAGCCCUCCAAGGAAGCUCUUUGUCCCAUUUCAGCAUCAACGAACGGAUGUCAUGGACAAGAAGACGAGAGACGAGACGCGAAGAGGAUAUGGCCUACUCUUUGCUGGGCAUAUUCAACAUUCAUAUGCCACUAAUUUAUGGCGAAGGUCAAGAGAAGGCGAUGAAACGGCUUCAGAAAGAGAUAAGAGAGUCUUCCACAAACCAAUCGCUUGUUUCAUCCCCGUCACCUUUAACAAACCCAUCAAACCAAAAACCGAAACCAUCUUCAAAUGUGCCCUUUAACAGAGACCGCGACUUCAUGGACCGCCCCAACAUCUUAACUUGGAUUAGCGAAAAGUGCACAGGGCAGUCCAGUCGCGCCGCACUUGUGGGUCUUGGUGGCGUAGGGAAGUCACAGAUCGCAAUUCAGUACUGUUACAAUGUCCAGGACGUAUCGCCACAAACCUGGGUAUUCUGGGUGCAUGCAAGCACGCAAGCGAGGUUUGAGGAAGGUUACCGCAGAAUUGCUGAGGCUGCAAAGAUAGAUGGCUGGGACAAUCCAAAAGCAGAUGUUCUACGGCUCGUCCGCAGCUGGCUGUGCGACAAGUCGAACGGGCGGUGGAUGAUGGUAGUCGACAGUGCUGAUGACUUGAGUGUAUUCUUCCCUCCGGCUCACGGAACACUGGUCACCGGAGCUACAAAUCUAAGCCAGUCGGCGGAGCCGCUGUCGGAUUUCCUACCGCAAUCCGCAAACGGGUCAAUUCUCGUAACUUCCCGGAGUCGAGACGUAGCUUUUAGAUUAACGGGGAGUCAGAACUCCAUCAUAGAGAUCAAGCCAUUGGAGAAGGAUGAUGCGCUGGCUCUUCUCCGGAAGAAGCUUGGCUUCGAUACCGAUGAUCGCGAUGUGACUGAGUUGCUACAAACCCUCGAUUACAUGCCCCUCGCCAUAACUCAGGCAGCAGCCUACAUUGUGCAGAGAGCGCCGCGUAUGACUGUCUCGAGAUAUUUGGACGAGGUUCGCAGAAGCGACCAUGAUCGAGCGCGUCUACUAAAGAAGGACGUAGGAGACAGUCGGAGAGACGGCAGAGCAUCCAACUCAAUCAUCGCGACUUGGCAGAUAUCGUUCGAAUAUAUCCGGAAAGAGUCACCGACGGCCGCUCGGCUUCUAUCGCUGAUGAGUCUCCUCGACUGCCAAGGCAUUCCGGAAUUGCUUCUUCGAGGCAGAUACCAGCCGGCCGCCGACUUAGAGGCUGACUUUGACGACGAUAUCCAUACACUUACCAGCUAUUCCCUAGUUGGGAUGAGCGCCAACGGAAGCGAGUUCGAGAUGCAUCGCCUGGUGCAAUUCUCAACAAAGAAGUGGCUAGAAUUGUAUAAUGAGCUAGAGGACUGGAAGAGAACGUAUGUAAUGCUCAUGAAUGACAACUACCCGGUCGGGCGGCACGAGAACUGGACGGUGUGCCAAGCGCUAUUUCCACAUGCCCUAGCUGCUGUAGAGUACGAACCGAAGGGUGCAAAGGCACAAGAGGCAUGGGCGUCGGUGCUUUUUAAAGCGGCGUGGUAUGCAGGAGAGAUGGGACAGUAUGACAUAGCGCAGCGAAUGGGCUCUGCUGCUUUUAGAGCAAGGGAAAGUCUGUUAGGAGCCGAGCAUCCAGAUACGCUCAGCAGCCUUAAUAACCUUGGGCUAGUCUUAGACUGGCAAGGGAGGUAUGGUGAAGCUUGUGCAAUCCACCAACGUGGGCUGGAAGCAAAAGGGAGAGUGCUUGGGGCUGAGCAUCCGGAUACCCUGACUAGCAUGGGCAACCUAGCGUCAACGUACCGGAACCAAGGGCGGUGGAAGGAAGCCGAAGGGCUAGAGGUGCAAGUGCUGGAUACAAGCCAAAGAGUGCUUGGGGAGGAGCAUCCGGAUACGCUGACCAGUAUGGCCAACCUGGCGUCAACAUACCGAAACCAAGGUCGGUGGAGGGAGGCCGAAGAGCUAGAGGUACAAGUGAUGGACACGAGAAAGAGGGUGCUUGGGGAGGAGCACCCAGAUACGCUGACUAGCAUGGCCAACCUAGCGUCAACGUACCGGAACCAAGGGUGGUGGAAGGAGGCUGAAGAGCUUCAAGAGGACGAACUAGAAAUAUGCUCAAGAGUGCUUGGGGAGGAGCAUCCAGACACGCUGACCAGUAUGGCCAACCUAGCGUCAACGUACCAAGACCAAGGUCGGUGGAAGGAGGCCGAAGAGCUAGGUAAACAAGCGGUGGACACAAGAAAGAGGGUGCUUGGGGAGGAGCAUCCAGACACCCUGACCAGCAUAGGUAACCUAGCGUCAACGUACCAGAACCAAGGGCGGUGGAAGGAAGCUGAAGAGCUAGAGGUGCAAGUGAUUGACAGGAGAAAGAAGGUGCUUGGGGAGGAGCAUCCAUACACCCUGGUUAGCAUAGCCAAUCUAGCGUCAACGUACCGGAACCAAGGACGGUGGAAGGGGGCUGAAGAGCUAGAGGUACAAGUGAUGGACACAAGAAGAAGGGUGCUUGGAAAGGAGCAUCCAGACACGCUAGCCAGUAUGGGGAACCUGGCGUUCACGUACUGGAAUCAAGGUCGAUGGAAGGAGGCCGAAGAGCUAGAGGUGCAAGUGGUGGACACAAGCUUAAGGGUGCUUGGGGAGGAGCAUCCAGAUACGCUGACCAGUAUGGCCAACCUAGCGUCAACGUACCAAAACCAGGGUCGGUGGAAUGAGGCCGAAGAGCUAGAAGUACGAGUGAUGGAUACAAGAAAGAGAGUACUUGGGGAGGAGCAUCCAGACAACCUGACUAGCAUGGCCAACCUAGCGUCAACAUACCACAAACAAGGGCGGUGGAAGGAGGCCGAAGAGCUAGAGGUGCAAGUGAUGAACAGGAAAAAGAGGGUGCUUGGGGAGGAGCAUCCAGACACCCUGACCAGUAUGGCCAAUCUAGCGUCAACGUACCGGAACCAAGGCCGGUGGAAGGAAGCCGAAGAGCUAGAGGUGCAAGCGAUGGACAGGAGAAAGAAGGUGCUUGGGGAGGAGCAUCCAGACACGCUAGCAAGCAUGAACAAUCUCGCAUUUACCUUGAAGUCCCAGGGCCGCAACGAUGAGGCUAUCUUGCUCAUGGAAAGAUUCCUCCCGCUAGGAAAGCAAAUAUUUGGCUCUCAGCAUCCUUACAUACUCUCAUCCCUUGAAGCUCUAACUAAAUGGCAAAUGGAGAAUUUAGAGAUUAAGCUUUGA